AUGUCCGAUAAUGGAAAAACAAUUCGAGGAUCCGGAAAGGAAAUUGUCAAGAUUGCACGGUCGAAAGAAGUCUUGCGUUACUUAGCCAUCAAUGGUGUCAGCUGGAGAUUUAUUAUUGAGAAGGCCCCUUGGUGGGGAGGCGCCUUCUGGGAGAGAUUAAUCCAGAGCAUCAGGUGUUGUAUGAAAAAGUCCCUUGGCAGAACCACCUCAAGCUACGAUGAGUUAAACACCUUGCUUGUCGAGAUCGAAUCCAUCGUUAACUCAAGACCUCUGACCUACGUGGAGGACGAUCAAGAUGGCGUGAGUUACACACUUUCCCCUUCGUACCUAAUCAAUGGGCAACGAGUAACCAAUACUGCGAACGACGGUCAUUUUGAGGUCAUCAGCACCGACGAAUCGCUUACACGAAGAGCAAGACAUCAUCGCCAUCUUCUUCGCCAAUUUACUGACCAAUGGAGAAAAAUCUAUCUGUUGAAUCUUGGAGAGAGACAUGCACAAGUCACAAAGAAUCGAAAAGAAGCUGACAUAGUCAUCAGAGAUGUAGUCAUUCUCAAGAACGAUACAUCAAACAGAAUGGUCUGGAAAUUAGCUAAAGUGGAAGAACUUUUCCCGAGAAAGGAUGGUGACAUCCGAGCUGCUAUUAUCAAAGUCUCAAGUGCAGAUCGUAUUCCUCGUCUGUUGAAACGAAGUGGCAAACAUUUGUUUCCACUUAGAGUCAACAGCAACAAUGACAUUAAUCAAAUUGAAGAGUACGGAGCCAAACCAACGAGCGGUUCUCCUGUUCAUGAUACUCCGAACACUUCUGCAAACACUACACCACGUCGCAAUGCUGCAAUGAGGUGUGAACUCAUGCGAAGAUUUCGUACUUGA